UUAUCUGUGCCGUCGUGGACGAGACAAGAGGCCGCGCGUCUCGCUUCUCGCUUUACUUAAUAUUAAAUAAAAUUUAGUGCUACAAGAUAAUAACAUGGCAGUUCCCGCUAAUAUUCAGGGAGAAGUUCUCUCUUUGAUACAUCAGUUUAUGCUGGGUGUGGAUAAAUCGCUGGCUGCAGAAAUAUUGAAGAAAACUAAAGCGAAACCGCGUCCUAAAAACCUACCAACGCUGCUAGAUAUAUUCACAGAAUAUAAGAAAAAGGCGCCAGCCACCAAAAAACCAGCAGAUAGCUCCUCUGAUGACUCGAGCGAUGAUGAAGCACAAAAGAAACCAGCAGCAAAGCCAGUCUUGAAUGGCAAAGCACCUGCACAAAAGAAGCAGCAGUCCUCAGAUUCCGACAGCUCUAAGGAGGAGCAGAAACCGGCACAGAAACCUAAGGCAGCAGCCACCCCAGCUAAACCUGCAGCCAAACCUGCGGCCAAGAAAGCAGAGUCAUCAGAUGACAGUGCCAGCAGUGAUGAUGCCACAGCACAACCCAAGAAACAACCAGUCAAGCCACAAGUCAACAAUGUACCUAAACCAGCUGCCAAGAAACAGGAAUCGUCAUCUGAUGACUCAAGUGAUGAAGAUGAGAAGCCAGCACCAAAGGCAACACCGGCAAAACCUGCACCUAAACCCACCCCGGCCAAGAAACAAGAGUCUUCUUCAGAUGAUAGUGACAGUGAGGAUGAAAAACCUAAACAGGCUGCUAAGGCGCCAGCUAAACCUGCAGCAAAAGCACCUGCCAAGAAGGCUGACUCUUCAUCAGAUGAUAGCAGCGAAGAUGAAAAGCCAAAGCAAGCUGCUAAAUCUCCAGUAAAGGCUCCAGCCAAGCCUACCCCAGCCAAAAAAGCUGACUCUUCAUCUGAUGAUGACUCGAGUGAUGAAGACAAGCCCAAACAGGCUGCCAAGACUCCUGUAAAAACACCUGCUAAGGCUCCCCCAGCUAAAAAACCAGCAUCUUCUUCAUCUGAUGAUUCUAGCGAAGAUGAAAAGCCUAAACAAGCAGCCAAAACACCUGUGAAGACCCCGGCUAAGCCUGUUGCAGCUAAAAAGGCAGCAUCCUCUUCCGAUGAUGAUAGCAGCGAAGAUGAAAAGCCAAAGCAAGCCACUAAAGCUCCAGUAAAGACUCCAGCCAAGCCCACACCAGCCAAAAAACCUGAGUCUUCAUCCGAUGAUAGUAGUGAAGAUGAAAAACCCAAGCAGGCUGCUAAAGCACCGGUGAAACCUGCACCAGCCAAGAAGGCAGAAUCUUCAUCUGACAGUGACAGUAGUGAAGAUGAGAAACCAAAAAAAGCUGCAAAGACCCCAGUUAAGACACCAGUGAAACCUGCUGCCAAAAAACCUGAAUCUUCAUCAGAAGAUGAUAGCAGUGAAGACGAAAAACCAAAUGCCAUUCAGAAACCUAAGGCAGCCCUGGCUAAGCCUGUAGCUAAAGCUGCUAAGAAAGAAUCUUCAUCGGACGAAGAUAGCAGUGAAGACGAAAAGCCUGCAAAGAAGGCUCCAGCGAAACCCACUACCCCAGCUAAGAAGGAUUCGUCUGAUUCCGAUAGUGACUCUAGUGAAGACGAGAAACCUGCAGCUAAGAAGACACCAGCAAAGACCCCAGCUAAGAAACAGGAAUCGUCUGAUGAUUCAGAAGAGGAUGAACCGCCUAAGAAGAAGUCAUUCAGUCAGGAUGAAAGCAUGGACACAUCUCACCAGGGCAACCGCAAGAGAAAAGCAUCAGGCAGUGAGGCUACUCCAGCAAAGAAGCCAUACAGCAAUUUUGUAAAGGGCUCAUCGAACAACACUUCCACACCCAGCGAUAAUAACAAUAAACCCACUCCAUUCCGUCGCGUGGCCGAGGAGAAGGUGGAAGUCGACCCUAGACUUAAGGACAAUUCGUUCGACGCUAAGAGCGGUGCCCGCGGCUCUUGGGGCGAGCGAGCGAACCAGGACCUAAAGCACACGCGCGGCAAGUCCUUUAAGCACGAGAAGACCAAGAAGAAACGCGGCUCCUACCGCGGCGGCGCCAUCGACACCGGCGUGCACUCCAUCAAGUUCGACGACUGACCGACCUGACUACUCUACUAUUUAGUGAGUUUGACCAGACAAACGGUGGCAUAUAAGAUAUACAGCGGCAUGAAAAUGUUGAGCAUGACUGACAUGUAACAAGAAAUAAGGUCCUAAAGAGUCUCUUACCUUACUUACAAAUUUUGCAAUAAAGCUUAAAGAACCAUCCAAGCUAAUAUCAAAUUGGCAAUUUGAUCUGAAAAAAAAAUGGCGUCAAUCUCAUCUAGCAUCCACACGGCAAUUUCAUAGUGGAAUCGGCGAGCCAAUGUGUCAUAAUUUAAUUUUUGCGUCUACACCUAUUGACAAUGAUAAUUUAAUCAGAUUGGGCGAAACAUUGUCCCGUCAGGACUGGUCUUAAAAAAUGUCAACAAUGUGUAUGUUCUUUCUUUAAACCAGAGGCAGAUAUGGUAAACAGUUUGUAUUGCAGUUUAAGUCUUGUGCCACUGAAAUAUUGAUGUAGUUUUUACAAGCUAUGGAAUACUUAUCUGUUACUUUCGCAUGAAAAUCCUCAUGGUCGGGUAUCAUCUUCUGUGGAUGCUCAACAUUUUUAUGUUUUAACUGUAACAUUUUAAAUUUAGACAAAUAUUGAUCAUAACUAUCAUAAGGUUGAAUUCUAAUAUCGCGUAGAGCUCGUGCAGUUUUCUUUAAGAUAAAUAGCGACAGAAACUAUGAAAAUGCCAUGAAGUAUUUCACAGUAUUCAAUGGACAUGCCACAAAUAUUGCAAAUAUAACAUUCUCUUUAUUUAAAUAUUGAAUAGCUCCCCAAGUUACGUCUAGUUAUUAUAUUGACCGUUCAGUGUAUAAAGUGUAAGUCUUAUUUCUUGAUGCAUUUCCCAUAUUAUAGUAAUAAUAUUUUAUCAAUAUUAAUUUAGGUUUUGAGCCUAUUGAUUUUACUCUUUAAGGACUAUAUUUUUUAUAAAAGUAAACAGUAACUUUGACAUGCAUUGCUUAAUUAAAAAAUUGGGUUAGUCUAAAUAAAUUCAAAAACAACUAUCGUCUUCUGAUUGUUUUUGGAUCAACCAUUUCAAGUGUUUAAUUGAUUGUGAUGUUGAUAACUUUCCAAGGAUCGUAUUUAAUGACCGAAGAGAUUUUUAACUGUUUUAAAUACAACUUUAAUAAUAAAUACCAGUUUUUGAAAGUUAUCACAUUGUCUAAAUAGUUCUUGUAUAGUAAGAUGGUAUUUAGAUAUCUUAUUUUGGUUCUAAUAGAGUAAUGAAACUUGUAAAUACGUUAUUAUAAGCUAUCGUCGAUUCAUUUUCGAACUUCUCGUUAAGUGUAGGUUAUUAUAGUCAUAAGAUAAAAUUGUUUUAUCUAGAUACAUAAGCCGCCUCUAAAUAAAAAAGGUUUUGACUAUAAA